AUGAAAAGUAUCCAAUAAGUUAACUCAUCAUCUGUUCCUAUCGGAGUUAAACAAAUAGAUACUCAGCUCUAAAAGGUUAAAACACUUCUUGAUGUAGAGCAUUAGUUAACACUCGAGAGAUCUUUUAAGGAAUCUAAAUUGAAUAAAGAAUUUGCACAAAAAUUAACUUAAAAAGUUGAUUAGUUAUAGUAAGAGAGGGACAAAUAUAAAAAAUAAUUUGAAGAAGGCUUAAAAAAGGUGGAAGGAAGUGGAUUUGGAAGAACUUCCUUUCACAGCAACAAAAGCGAUUUAGAUAGACAAAUCUAAACAGAAAGAGGUAAAUAGCCAGAUAGGUCAACUCUUUAAUAAAUUUGGAAUGAAAAAGGUGAGCAAAUGUAAUAAGAAAUCGAAUGCUUGAAAAGUGAAAAUAAUUAAGUGACUUCUGACUUAAGAUAAGCUUGGCAAGAAAUAGAUUAAAAAGAACAAUUAAUAAAAAAAUUAGAACUAUAAAAUAGUGUAUUAGUAAAUGAAAUUAGAAAGCUAUAAAGAAAACUUUAACAGGAAAGAUUAAAUAACUCUGAAAUAAAGGCUGUAAAAUAAAAAGACAUAUCUUCAAGCUAAGAAUAAUUAUCUAGUGAAGUAUAAUAUUUAAGGAAUUAGAUAAAUGAACUUUAAGAUGAAAUAAAUGAAUAUCAAGAAAUGAUAGACUCAUAGCAAUAAUAAAUUGAAAUUCAAAAAACGAAUAAUUCAUAACUUAGAAUUGAAAGGGAUAAUUGUGUUCAUAAUUACGCAAUUGUUAAAGCAAAAUUAGAAGUUUUAUUUGAAGAGAAAGAUGAAAUGGAAAGAUUAAAAAAAAUGGAUGAUGAAACUUUAAAUUCACUAUAGGCUUGUGUAUCAAUUCAAAAAGAAAAUAUAAAAGUCCUUGAAAAUGAAAAGAACUGUUUAAUACAUUCUGUAGAUCAAAUGAAAUAAUUAAUCAGCAACCAAGAGAUAAGGAUAAAUGAUUUAAAGAAUGAAAACCUAAAUUUAUUAGAAAAGUUAGCAGAAAAACCACUUUAAAUAAAUCUCAAUCUUGAGAAUGAAAUAGCCAAUCUGUAAAGUGCUUAAUAACAAGAUGAUGAUUUGUUAAAUAAAUUUAAUAAUUUAAAUGAUGAAUAUCAAAGACUAAAUGAAUCCUAUCUCAAAUUAUAAACAGAAUAUGACAAUUAAAAAAUCAAUAUAACAAAUUUAGAAGAUUAAAUAAAAUCAGAUCAAGUAAUAAAUAAUAAUCUAAAGUAAGAAAAUGAUAAUUUAAUGAACUAAAUAUAAAAUUUAGAAAACUAAAACAGAAAAUUUGAUCAGUAAAAUUCUGAACUAUUGGCAUAAAUAAAUAUUUAUUAAACUAAAGAUGAUAAAAAUUGUAAUCUAAUAAAAACAUUAAAUGACACUCUAAGAGAAAACAAUAUCUAAAAUAUUCAUCUCAAAAAUAAAAUUAAAAGACAUAUUGGAAGUUACUUUUAUAUCUUAUGUAAAAUUUUAAGGUAAAAACAAAAUAAUUCAAUAUAUGAAUAAAAAAUCAAAAAAUAAUAAGCGAUCAUUAAUGGUUUGUUAACAACUUUAGAAGAUUAGAAAAAAGAUGAUAAUAAUUUGUCAAGUGUAGAAUAAGAAUAAGUAGAAUAAAAUGAUACAAAGCCAAUAGAAACUGAUUAAUAAAAAAAGUUAUAAAUGCAAAACUAGAAAAUGUUAGGAAAACUCUUGAGAAUAACUAUAAAAUAAAAGUAAUAAACUAAACUAAUCCAAAAUUUAACAGAAAGGCUUACAAAACUUAAAUCAAUCAAUGAUGCACUAAUCAAUAAAAAUGAAAAUAAUUAUUAAGAAAUAAUAAAAGAACAAGAUGAUGGAGAAGGAUUAAAAAAGCUCAGAAGUCAGAAUAAUAAAUUGCUGGGCAAAUUAUUCAGAGUGAUGAGUUAAUUCAACAAAAAGAAUAAGGAAAUUGAGGAAUUGAAGGAAAGAAUUACAUAAAUAGAAGGCAAUUUUAGAUGA